GCCGUAGGAAAAUGACAUUUCCAUUCAAAUCGCCUCCUAGCACUGAACGCAUUUGAUUGUGCUGAACGUGCGAACAAGUGAAGAAAGUUUUAUCAUCAAGUACAGAAUUCUUCCGGAAACCAUCGGAAUUGCUUGAGAAAAGUUAGUAAAACCUAUCCUUUACGGAACAACACAAAACAUGGCUGCCAGUACCAGUGGCGAUAAAGCGGCAGACGAUUCACUUUAUCCAAUUGCUGUGUUGAUAGAUGAACUGAAAAAUGAAGAUAUUCAGCUUCGCUUGAACUCGAUCAAAAAACUUUCAACGAUUGCGCUAGCGCUCGGUGAGGAACGCACCCGAACGGAGCUGAUUCCGUUCUUAACGGAGACUAUCUAUGAUGAAGAUGAAGUUUUGCUGGCACUGGCCGAGCAGUUGGGUAACUUUACCGCCCUAGUUGGUGGCCCGGACUAUGCGAUGUACCUAAUUCCGCCACUGGAAUCGCUUGCAACAGUUGAGGAAACUGUCGUUCGCGAUAAAGCCGUCGAAUCGUUGCGCAUCGUUGCAGCCCAACACAGUGCUCAGGAUUUGGAAGUUCACGUUGUACCCACCUUGCAGCGGUUAGUUUCUGGUGAUUGGUUUACAUCCCGUACAUCUGCUUGCGGAUUAUUUUCCGUUUGCUAUCCAAGAGUGUCAGCCGCAGUAAAGGCUGAACUGCGGAAUAACUUCCGGCAGUUAUGUCAGGAUGAAACACCGAUGGUGCGAAGAGCAGCCGCCGGAAAGUUGGGAGAAUUCGCUAAAGUAGUCGAGGUAGAAUAUCUCAAGUCUGAUUUGAUUUCGAUGUUCGUCCAGAUGGCUCAGGAUGACCAAGAUUCGGUCAGAUUGCUAGCCGUGGAAGCCUGUGUUAGCAUUGCUCAGCUGUUGCAGCAGGACGAUGUGGAGCACAACGUCAUGCCCACGUUACGUCAGUGCGUGAAUGAUUCUUCCUGGCGUGUACGCUAUAUGGUUGCAGAAAAGUUUACCGAUCUGCAGAAAGCUGUCGGGCCAGAAAUCACUAAAACUGAUUUGGUACCCGCGUUUCAAUAUCUUCUAAAGGACACUGAGGCAGAGGUACGCGCUUCAGCUGCCACGAAAGUAACCGAGUUUUGUUCGAAUUUAGAAAAGAGUAGCCAAGAGCAAAUUAUCAUGACCUCGAUUCUGCCAUACGUGAAAGAACUGGUUACGGAUCCAAAUCAACAUGUGAAAUCCGCUUUGGCAUCGGUUAUUAUGGGUCUCAGCCCCAUUUUAGGUCGUCAGAACACCAUCGAACAUUUGCUCCAACUGUUUCUAUUACAACUUAAGGACGAAUGGCCCGAGGUACGCUUGAACAUAAUUUCGACGCUGGAUUGCAUCAACGAUGUCAUUGGAAUUCAACAACUGUCGCAGUCUUUGCUUCCGGCUAUCGUUGAACUUGCCGAAGAUUCGAAAUGGCGCGUGCGAUUGGCUAUUAUCGAGUACAUGCCACUACUGGCCGGCCAACUUGGCCAGGAAUAUUUCAACCAGAAGUUGCGCGACCUUUGCUUCAACUGGCUCAAUGAUCAUGUGUACGCUAUUCGCGAGGCAGCAACAUUGAACAUGAAAAAGAUCGUCCAAACCUUCGGAACGCAAUGGGCUGAAACUAAUAUCAUUAAUCAAAUUCUCGUUAUGUAUAAAAACAGCAACUAUUUACACCGAAUGACCUGUCUUUUCUGUAUCAAUGCCCUCGCCGAUGUAGUCGGGGCAGACAUUAUUAAGCGUCUAUUUCUACCAACCAUUAAAGUUCUUGCGACAGACCCGGUAGCGAAUGUGCGAUUCAACGUUGCAAAAAGUCUUCAGAAAUUGUCCCCUUUCCUGGACCAAGCAGCAAUCGACGAGCACGUGAAACCGAUUCUGGAAAAAUUGAACACAGAUGCAGAUGUCGAUGUUAAGUAUUUCGCUUCGGAAGCGAUGGUAGGAAUUGCAGCCGCCUAAUCGCUGUCGAAACAUUUUGUAUGCAUUGUUAACGGUAAGGUGGAAGGAAAUAAACACACUAAUGUUUAAAAAAUCACUACUUAUCUGAUGAUUGAGCUCACUCGAUAGCGAUAGCGUGCAACAACUUCACUGUCACACGCAGCAGGCAUUCUCAUUCAAAUACUAAUUAAUUAUUUAUUUCCUUCGGUCCUGGUGAACCAGCCAACGAGCAGCACGAUUAUGCGAAACAUUUAAAAAAAAAGGUAAAACGUAUUGAAAAAUAAAUAUGCUUAUUGUUUAACAUCGACAAAACGCUAUCAUCCGCGACGAACUGCAUACCGACGGCCACAUGUCGUUUAUGUCCUUUUUUUUAUAAAACUUGACUCGGACGCACCUCAUCCUGAAUAAAUAGAGACAGUGACGCAUUUUGACUUCAAAGUUAUUUUUUGAGUUUUAUCUUUUGAUCAGAAGCUAAAAGUGUAGCAAGAAUAUGAAAAGAGAAAAAAAAAAACAAAACAAGUACAUAUAUCCAGUUGCAGUAACCUAAGUUUAAAGUUAGUGAUGAACACACUCAACGUAAGAUAAUUUAACAUUCAAUAAAAGUCCUACUCGGAAUACAUA